AUGUGCACGAACAAUCCGCGAACUUAUGCAGUAAUAAUGCAAUCGAUUAACGAUUCCGCUUAUAGUAAUUAUAACGCUUUUGGAAGAUCUGCAGAACCAAUACAAACUGGUAGAAAACCGAACAUUGAAUUUUACGGUGUAAAUAAAUCAUCAAUUUAUGGGCAAGAACAUCAAUUGCAACCGGAUUAUCUGAGCGAUUUGAAAGGACAGCAGCAGCCGAGAAACACGGAAUUAUCUUCCUACAUGCAUUCAGAACCGGAAAAGAAUUAUGGAAGUAAAUAUGAUAUGGAGUUUCAACAGGAUUUUUUGAUAAAGCCGGAAAGGAGAAGACAUCGAAGACACGGAAGGAGGCGUUCUCAUCGCAAUCAUCAUCGUAUUCGAGAACAACCAUCAAUCGGUGAAGGAUACCCAGGCGUACAAGGGGCACCCUCUGCCAGAUCAAUGUCCUCAAUUUCUGCAGCACCGGAAGCAAAGACCUUGCAGACAGUGCCGCUUCAUUCAGCGGCAUUGGAAACAGAUCAAAGGAAAAAGGUAGUUGAGGAAAAGAUUGAAGAAAAGGAAAAAUCGAAUGAAAAAGCUACAAUAUCGGUGGAGCAAAUGCAACAAAAAACGCCUGAAAUUAUAUCGAGAAUAAAAUUAGUGGACGAAUUGCCAUCGGCUAAACAGGUUGAUGAUGAAGAUCAACAAAUGCGACAAAAGCGAAAAGUUAUUCAAUUCAUUGAACAAAUUGCAAAAGCUGGAAUGGAAGGGAUGAAAGAUGAAUUUGUGCAAUGUCGAUCUUUCAUCCCAAAUGCUAUUGCGCGAACUGCGCAUGAUCAAAAUUUGAAAAGAUGCCGCUAUCCAGAUAUAAUUUGCAUUGAUCAAACACGUGUUGUGCUUAAAAGUCAUAGCGAUGGUUCGGAUUUUAUACAUGCAAAUCGAAUUCCACUUGGAGAUAAUCCCAAUGAGAUCAUCAUUACGCAAUUGCCAUUAUUGAAUACGGUGAAACAUUUCUGGGAAAUGAUUUGGCAGGAAAAUGUUCAAAUAAUAUUAUUGUUUUUAACGUUAAAUGAAUGGAAGCAACAUGCUGAAAAUAUUCAGCUCAUUCCUGGCAAAGGAAAAUGCUUGCACAUUCAAGAAUUUAUGACAUUGACACAUAAAAAUGAUAUUAAUAUCACAUCUGAUUGGCUCGUUCGUGAAUACUAUCUAUCGAAAAACAAUGAAACACGUCGAAUUUUAUGGCUUCAUUAUAGUGGAUGGGAACCAAAUCGAUCACCAAAAAAUUGCGAAUACUUAUGGCCUUUACAUUCAUCCUUAAGGAAGAUGCGUCGCCCAUACGUAUGCAUGAGCCUUGCUGGAGCUGGAAGAGCUGGAUGUUAUGCCGCUUUAGAAUGGGCGCAUUUAAUGUUGCAUGAUAAGGGUGCUUCAACGAUAAACAUUGCUGAGUGUGUGCGGAAAGUUCGUACAUAUCGAAUGCAUGCUGUGCAAACAAUUGCACAAUUUCAAUUUCUCUACAUGGGCAUUCAACGUCAUAUCUUUCUUGUUGAGAAAUUUCGAAAAGAAAUUUUAUCUGAGCAACGAAUGUUUGAAGCAACAAAGAAAUGUUCCUCUAUUGAAUAUAAUUAUUUUCGAUGCGACGGUUAUCCAACAAAUGAUCAUUUCGACUUAUAA